CUCUCCAAGUUUACGAUUUACACAGAAAAGCGAGUAACAUGAAGCAGGGCGAACUGACCCUCGAGCAACUGUGGCAUCGACUCCAGAAUAUCUGGAUGUCGAUUGAUCGAAGAAAACCGAAUCCGAUGAAGUAUGCAGAGGACAUUACCAUCUACAACAUAGAGAGGCAAGAGACAAGGCUGUUCCAAUUCUUGAUGGCCCUUAAUGAUAACUACGAAGCAACCCGGAAGGAGAUCCUAAAAAUGGACCCUCUGUCCUCGGUGAAAAACGCCUACGCCACCGUCCGACGUGAAGCCACAAACGAAGGGGUGCUCAAACCAGUCAAAACUCAAGGAAACCCAGCAGACGAAGGCAUUGGAGCAGGGCUAGCAAUUCGCGGCGGCGGACGGAGCGGGCUGACUCCACAACGAGAAGAUGACCGGCGCUACGAGGAUGACAAAAACAAAUUAGUCUGUACACACUGCGGUGGAAGAAAACACACCAAGGAACAAUGCUUCCUCAUCGUCGGCUAUCCCGAUUGGUGGGAGGAGAUGAAGCGAAAACGGGCAAAUUGGAACGGCAACAAUCGAGGAGGUAGAGGGAACGGCGACCACCGCAAUCGGGCUGCCGGCGCUGCUAAUUUAGCUGGUAGCACCGGCUGCUCCACCGCCGGAAGAAAUGAAGCUGGAGGGUCAGGGAGUGCAGCGGCGCAGAUUGGAGAUGAAAUCGCGUCUGCUAGCGUUGUGAAAGGAUAUUCAGACGGGGAUGAUUGUUGGGCGUGGCACUGAGCGACGUGGCCUCUACUAUGUGGAUGAGGUAGCUCAACAGAGUACUGCGAUGCUGACUCACGGAUCCACAUACAGACAGGCUUGGCUAUGGCAUCGUCGAUUAGGUCACCCGUCGCUAGGUUAUCUUAAAGUUCUAUUUCCUAGUUUUGAUAAAAUCGCUCGUAUGGAUUGUGAUACUUGUU